AUCCUUUGACGAUUGUUCGUAAGCUAGUUCAGUUUCGAUUCCAUGUUAGCUCACAAGUUAUCGAAAUCCCUAUGACAGUGCAGCUAACUUCAUUAAAAAGAUCCGUUAGUUCGUAUUGCAUUGGUGUCCAGUGAAAAUUUUUGGAGUUCAAACAAAAGAGAAAAAUGUGUGACUACGAGCACGAAUACUCCUUCACCUUUGAUGAGAGCACAAUUGAAAAUGACCUCGGCAGUUGCCCGUGGGACUGCGGAUUUGAAAGUAUGUGGCAGCGCAUCGGUGAGGAGCUGCGGCGGGAGCAAGAGUCCAACGAAUUGGAUCUUAUAUUUCAGGAAAAGUUGAUUCUGCAGUGCCGUUCGCAAAUGGAAUCCUGAAUAUAAUUAACGUUUACAAUAGUAUUUUUUGUUAUUAUCGUUUAGUCAACAGCAUUUUUGAUAAAUGCGGUGUUAAUUUAAGAAAAUUGUUUGUACAGUCGUCGCAAUCUCAUCAAAUAAUACUCGUUAGAUGGUUAGUUAAUUAACUGGAGUAUACACUCCGCUCGAAAUUUUGUUCAGAUAUUGUAAUCUAUUCGGAACGAGCAUAUAAAUCUCAAUUCGCGUUAGUCAUAAAGCUAAACAAAAUCGAUCGCAUUAGACCAAGUUAACAAGCACUUCGAAAUGCUGUCAAUUAGAUACAUUCAUAUAUAAAUUUAUUAUUAAUUUUGUUAUUUAU